GCCUCCCCGCCAGCGUCCAGGCUUUGGAGGCUUUAAAAGACUUGUUGCUGCUCUCAAAUGUGGCGUUUCUUCUCCUUCUCCCACGUCCGGCCAUGUUCCGGCGGAGCCUGACGACGUGCGACGUGCGGUGCCGCGGACUUAAGUUGCUGCUGCCGCUCCUGGAGGCUGGAGGGACGGACGUGACGAUGUUAUUGUCUGUGUCAGACAGGCGAUGAAGUGAGACAUUAAGUCAUCCAGAAGGAGUUGAUCCCACACGUAGAUGAUGGACAUCAUCGAUACUCAGCGUGCCUUGGAGGCUGUGGAGCGACUUCAAGCCAAACUGAAGGAGCGAGGAGAAGCUGAGGACAAACUCAGCCUGCUGAAGAGCGUCCUGAGGAGCCGCCUCUUCCUUCACAUUCUCAGCCUGCAGAAGGCCCAACGCCAGCCUGCAGCCAAGGCCAAGGGCCUCUCCAAGUCCGUGUCCAUGAACUGUGGCAAGGGCCCGGCCGUGGGACUGGACACCAAGCUCAGUCACAGCGAUUCCUACACCUGGGCCAUGGAGAACCGAGGACCCAGCAGGUCUCUGCGCAGGGACGGGAGCGUCUCCUCCCUGGACUCGCAGGAUCUGUCCUUCUCAGACCUCUACUCAGACAACUGCACUCACACGGAGUCACAGUACUGCACACCCCCUCGGAUCUCCCGAACCAUGUCCAUGGGGAGGAACCUGUCUGCAAUUGCUCAUGAGAGGCGUCACUUGGAGAUCAUCGAGCUGACCAAUGAUGGGAAAGGACUUGGAUUUGGGAUCAUAGGAGGGCGGAGCACAGGAGUCAUGGUCAAGACUAUCCUGCCUGGAGGAGCAGCUGGGCAGGAUAAACGUCUGCGCAGCGGGGAUCAAAUCUUAUGUAUCGGCGACACAGACCUGGCUGGCAUGAACAGCGAGCAGGUAGCGCAGGUGCUGCGAAACGCCGGCAGCAAGGUGAAGCUCCUCAUCGCCAGGGACAACCUGACCUCUCCCGUCCUCAGCCAGGAGUCCCUGGAUGGCAACAUCAGUGACUUCAACCAUGACUACGAGUUCAGCGUGCAGUUCAGUAAAAACAGCAGGGGGCUGGGCUUAACCAUCUCCAGCUACAUCGGCCACCUCAACUCAGUGUACAGUGCUGGGGUGACGGUGAAGAGCAUCGUGAAGGGCAGUACUGUGGACCAGGAUGGACAGAUCCACGUUGGCGACAUCAUACUCUCUGUGGACGGGGUGAGCCUGCAGGGCUGCAGCGAGCAGCGGGCCAUGGAGGUGCUGAGGAGGACCGGCCCUAUGGUCCGACUGAGACUCCUGAGGAAGGCGGUGCGUCUCAGCCACAUCCUGCCCCCCGUGCCCCCCCUGCACCCCCUGCGCCACUCGCACAGUUUCCAGGAGGGCGACCCCUACAGGGUGGGCCUGAACAGGAUCCAUGAGACAGGAAUAUGUUCUCUGCGUGAGAUCUCCCGCCGCGCAGCAUACGCCAACAGAAGACCCCGACAUGAUUCCAGAAAUGGCGUGAAGCUGACGGCGGCAGAAGAAGAAGACCUGAGGAUGAGGUGGCAACAUGCACUUGGACCGAGAUAUGAAGUCCUAGUGUGCCAGCUGGAGCGCUUCAGUGAGACUAGUGGUCUGGGCAUCAGUCUGGAGGCUCGGGCAGGACAUCAUUAUCUGUGCUCAGUUUUACCUGAGGGUCCUGUUGGCCAGAGUACUAAGAUCUUCACUGGAGACCAGAUCCUGGAGGUGAAUGGGAUCCCACUCAUAGGAGAGACACACAAGGAGGUGAUCAACAUCCUGAAGGAGCUGCCUCUCUUUGUGUACCUGGUGUGCUCUCGCGUCGUACCCCCCGCCAUCCCCGACAGCGAGGAGGACGAGGAGGAGGACGCCCAGCUCACCCUGAAGGAGCUGCUGGCUGAGUUCAAUGACAAGCUGGACCAGGGCUGCGUCAUCCCCUGCCCGACAGCUGAGGACAUCACCAAGCGGGGCGUGCCCCCCAUGUCGCCUCCUUUGGCCAUGUGGGAGAGGGGGGCGCAGGUGGUAGAGCUGGAGAAAGGCGAGUCGGGAUUGGGCUUCAGUAUCCUGGACUACCAGGAUCCGGAGGACGCCACCAAAACAGUUCUGGUGAUCCGCUCCUUGGUCCCGGGUGGCGUGGCUGACCGAGAUGGCCGCCUGCUCCCCGGGGAUAGACUCAUGUUUGUCAACGAGUGCGACCUGGAAGGCUCCAGUCUGGAUUACGCCGUGCACGUGCUGAAGUCCACGGGCUACGGCCCCGUGCACAUCGGUGUUGCCAAACCGCUGCCGCUGGAACUCUGCGGGGGACUGACGCCCAUCUCAGAGAGGAGCACGCGGGCGUCCUGUGAUGAUGGCGAGGGCCACGCUCAGGACGGCGUGCUAGCCCAGGCGGGCACUCGCACGCUGGACCGGGACUUCAUCAGGCCGUACUACAACAACAACACGGAAGUCCCGCCGCAUCAGCGCCUCGGCGCCAUGGACGAGGAGGGCCCGCUCUCGGCCCCGCCCCCUGGCACCGGCUUUGAGAAGACCAUCACCGUUGUCCGGGGCAACCGUAGCCUUGGGAUGUCGGUGAGCGCCAUCAAGGACGGCUCAGGCAUGUUGGUGCGCAGCGUGGCCCCCGGGGGCUCUGUCUGCCAAGAUGGCCGACUCGGGCCGGGCGACGCCAUACUGGCCAUCAACAACGAGACUACGUCCAACCUGAGCAACGCCAUGGCCAGGUCCAUGCUGCGCAGAAACUCUGUCAUCGGGCCAGAGGUCAGGAUAACCUUCGUACCUGCUCCACAUGUGGACCAGCACCGUCACCGCCUGGGUUUGCCCCCGCUGGCCUCCACCCUAGACCACGCCCCUUCCUCCCCCACCCCGCCUCCAGAACCUCCCAGUCCAGUUGAACCCUCCUGCCUUUCAGUCCAGUCUAAAACCUCAGGUCCAGACCCGGCCUCGGUCAGAGGUCACAACACAACACGUGAGGAGGAGGAGGAGGAAGAUGGAGUGAAGAUGAAGAUGAAGGUGGAGGCGGAGAUGAAGAUGAAGGUGGAGGCGGAGAUGAAGAUGAAGGUGGAGGCGGGUCAAGGAGCAGAAGAAGAUAUUUGUCCUCACACUUGGGGUCAACCUCGAAGGGUGCAGCUCAGGCGGGCUGCAGGCCGCUCUUUAGGCCUCAGCAUCAUGGGAGGGCGGGGCAUGGGCCGCCGGCUGAGUGGUGGUCACAUGAUGAGGGGCGUCUUCAUCAACAACAUCACCUCCGCAGCACUUGACCACACCCUGCAGGUCGGGGACAGGAUACUGGAGGUGUGUGGUGAGGACGUGCGUGAUGGCAGUCAUGAGCAGGUGGUAGACGCCAUCCGCCAAGCAGGAGACUCUGUGGACAUUCUGGUUCAGUCCACACAUUACACAGCACAGUCUCCUGUGCUGACUAACUGUGAGAGACUAACUCCAACCUUGCAGUCGGACAGAAGUCAGGUGCAGACCUCCCAUGGAGAGGAUCAAGGCGGCCGCCAGACCUUCAAGGAGCUGAAGUGGACGACCAGAGAUGAGGAGGAGAAGAACACCAGCAGAAAGAGGAUGCUGCAGCGCUAUGGCAGUCUGUCAGGGAGGCUGCACAUGAUGGAGCUGCAGAAGCAGCCUGCACAACAGGGCUUGGGAAUCAGCCUGGCAGACAACAAGGAGGGCUGCAGGGCCCGCAUGAGCGUCUGCGUGGCGGCUGUAGACCCCCAAGGACCUGCUGGCUUGGACGGCAGGAUAAGAGUCGGGGAUGAGCUGCUGGAGAUCAACGGUCAGGUGUUGUACGGCCGCAGCCACCACAACGCCGCCGCCAUUAUUGACAAGGCUCCUCCCAGAGUCAGGAUCAUUGUCAUCAGAAACCAGGCCGACUCAGAACUUGGCCACGCCAAGACGGACUCUGGGGAUCAGGGAGGAUCCUCCGGAGACUUCCGGAAUGUCCACCUGCGACAGGAGAAGCAGGAUCUGGGACUUUGUCUGGCAGAAGAAGGAUCCAAGGACGGUCUGGUGGUCCGGUCUCCAAACAGUAAGGCCGGCACAAGAAGGUUGUCAGAGGGAGUCAAAGCGUGGGCUGAGGAGCACAUUAAGAAGGUGCCCAGACCGCCUGACUGGAGUCUUCCAUCAGGUUUACUUGACUGCACUUCCUGUCCCACACAGACCACUUCCUGUCCCACACAGACCACGGGCCCCUCGCCAUCCGCCCUGAGGGACUCCAGCAUCUCCCCCUGCUCCGCCCUCGCUGCCAAGGAGGCUUCUGAUUGGCCGCAGUCGGCCCCAGAGUCCCACCCACUCAGCUGGCCUGUGGUAGCUGGCAAGGAGAGCAGCAUACAGAUCUGGAAAGGAGACCUGGGUCUGGGUGUGAGCAUCGUGGGAGGGUGUGACACUCUGCUGGGGGCAGUCAUAGUCCAUGAGGUGAAUGAUGGAGGGGCCGCACAGAGAGAUGGACGACUGCAGGCUGGGGACCACAUACUAGAGGUCAACAGUAUUGACCUGCGCCAGGCCAGCCACGAUGAGGCCAUAGCGGUGCUGAGGCUGAGCAGGCAUCAAGUGGACUUGAGGGUGUUCAGACCCCAGCAGGCCUACAGGGAAGAAGAUCUUUGGGACGUCUUCAGUCUGUUGCUGAGACCUCAUCCUGACCAGGGUCUGGGCUUCACCACUGUGGGGAAAAGCGACGACACCGGCAUCUUCGUGUCCCGUAUCGCCCCAGGAGGCGUGGCCGAUGUGGAUGGCCGGCUGUUGCUAGGUGACCAGAUUCUGUCAAUCAACGGCGAGGACGUCCGUGCGGAGUGUCAGGAAGUGGUGGAGCGACUUCUGCAGAACUGCAGUGGAGUGAUCCACCUGGAAGUGGCUCGCUUCAAGGCCGGACUGCAGUACCCACAACCUAGUCAGGAAUACUUUAAGUUGUGUUUUAUCCAGAGCGACGACUCUGACUGCUCCACCCUGACACGCUCGGUUGGACGCACUUCUUCUGUCAGCCAGCAGGGGGAGACAGAGAACCCAGCAGGGGGCCACACUUUUCAAGACUAUCCAGACUACAGAAAAGUCCUCAUAAAAAAGAGUCCACAAGAAUCCUUAGGCAUCAGUUUGGCAGGAGGAGUGGACAGUCGCCAUGGCAACGUACCUCUUGUUAUUGCUACCAUGGAUACUGAUGGAUCAGCUGCCAAAACACAGCAAUUAAAGCCAGGAGACAGUGUCCUCAGCAUAAAUGAUGUGUCCAUGGAGGGAAUGUCUCACAUGCAGGCCGCUGCCUUGCUCAACAACGCCCUGGGUUCUGUCACGCUGCAGGUGGCAUCAGGGUGCAGCCCUCGCGAUCCACGAGGCGCACAUGAGCGAUCAUUAGGCCAGCCCAGCUGUCUGCCGUGCUUUCACAACAAGCUGUGUGCUCGCAAGUACAAGACGGUGAGUCUGGAGAGAGGUUCUUCAGGUCUGGGCUUCAGCAUCAUUGGAGGAUUUGGAAGUCCUCAUGGAGACCUGCCCAUCUACAUCAAGACCAUCUUCACCAAGGGUGCAGCCAUGGAAGACGGGCGUCUAAAGGCGGGUGAUCAGAUCAUUGCAGUGAACAGACAAUGUCUGGAGGGUGUGACUCACGCUGAAGCUGUGGACUUCCUCAAGAAGACUAAAGGCACCGUGGUCCUCACCCUUCUCUCCUGACAUCUCCUCAUUCAUUCAUCCUCCACUGACUUAUUAGUACCUCAUUCAUUCAUCCUCCACUGACUUAUUAGUACCUCAUUCAUUCAUCCUCCACUGACUUGUUAGUACCUCAUUCAUUCAUCCUCCACUGACUUAUUAGUACCUCAUUCAUUCAUCCUCCACUGACUUAUUAGUACCUCAUUCAUUCAUCUUCCACUGAUUUAUUAGUACCUCAUUCAUUCAUCCUCCACUGACUUAUUAGUACCUCAUUCAUUCAUCUUCCACUGACUUAUUAGUACCUCAUUCAUUCAUCUUCCACUGACUUAUUAGUACCUCAUUCAUUCAUCUU